AUGCCAUCCUAUGCAAAAUUUUUAAAGGAAAUCCUUUCCAAGAAGAAAAAGCUGGAAGACUAUGAGACUGUUGCUUUGAUAGAGGAAUGCAGAGUUAUCCUACAAAAUAAGCUGCUUUCAAAAAUGAAGGAUCCUGAAAGCUUCUCUAUGCCUUAUCUUAUUAGCAACAUGAACAUUGAAAAAGCCUUAUGCAAUCUUGGUGUUAGUGUGAGUCUGAUGCCCCUGUCAAUAUGCCAAAAGCUGAAUGUUGGAGAACUUAGACCAACUACCAUCUCACUGCAAUUGGUGAAUAGGUCUUUCAAACAUUCAGUUGGCAUCUUAGAGAACAUCACCAUCAAAGUAGGAAAGUUCUUUAUUCCUGUAGACUUUGUGGUCCUAGAGAUGGAAGAAGAUGUUUAA